AAACGUAUUGCGAGAUAACACAACAUGACGAUAAGAACGAUUUCGGUUUUCAAACGCGAGUACGCGACAUUACGUUUUAUUUUGUAAUUUAUUCUCCGUCCUUAUGCGGUGGUAAACGGUGUUUUAAUGCUAUUGUUCCGUGUCGAAUAGUCCGUUUCCGUAAUCUGCUCUGUUUCGACUGCUAUGUGUUGCCUGGAUUCGUUCGUACAACCUUACCAGCUGACCGCAUCGGAGAAUCGGGACGCCGGACGACGUCGGCGCCUGGAACUCCGCUGAAAAUUGCGAUUUGUUUUCGUCUGCUGCCGGCUUCCGACUUUAUGCACAAAUUACCAUGCGAAUCAAGCGUGAUCGCUUCGGUGUCAGACACGCGUGUCUGUUAAUCGUCAUCAAUGUUUUAAUGCCAACCAUAAUUGCAGAAAAUGAAAAUAUUUCUGAAAGUGUGUAUAAUUCAUUGAAAUAUGAUAAUACUUCAACUAUAUUAAUACACAAAAAUACUGACAAAAGCGCUACUCAGAAGACAUUCAAUUAUAAGCAUAGGUGGAAAAGUAUUUUAAAUGUUAUGGAUACCUGUAAUAAAGAGAUUAUUUUUCCUGAAAUACAACCAAAUAUUGAUACUGAUAAAAGAAUAGUUUCUGAAAUAGAAGAUAAUCUAAUGACAAAUAAUCUUAACUCAAGUUCAGAAUUUAUAACCAAAGAUAAUUCGGCCGAAGAUUAUAUUACCAUUAAGACUCAUAUGAUAGAUGAUGAUGAAUUCAAAGAAAGUAAAUUUCAGUCUGUUGAUGUAAGUACAGCAGUCCGCAAUGCUACCAUAAAUGAAGAUAUUCCAUCUUUUAGAGAAUGGACUAAAAAACAAUUAGAAGAAGCUGAAAAACAACCAGCUACUAAUGAAACUAAAUAUAACCACAAUAAGAAAGUAUUAAAAAAAAAUUAUGCAUCACCAGAAUGUGGUGCCAAAGUAGUAUCUACAAAUCCUGAAGCAAAAUAUCCACACUUAUUACUAACAAAACCUUCUGAUGAAUAUUUAUUAAAUUUAUGUAAAAGUACUACUUGGUUUGUUGUUGAAUUGUGUGAAGCAAUCCAAGUAAAAAAAAUUGAGCUAGCAAACUUUGAACUGUUUUCGUCUACACCAAAAGAGUUUUCAGUGUAUGUUGCUUCUCGACUGAAUGCACGCGUAUGGACACCAAUCGCUAAUUUAGUGGCAGAAGAUGUGAGAAUAUUGCAAGGAUUUAUUUUAAAUACAACAGAUGAAAAUGAAUUCAACAAAUACAUUAAAGUUGAGAUAAAUUCACACUAUGGAAAAGAACAUUAUUGUCCAAUAUCAGUAUUCAAUGCAUAUGGAUUAUCAGAAAUUGAAGUGUUGGAACGAUCAGAUGAAAAUGGAUUGGAAAUUAACAUUGCAGAAAAUGAAGAUGCUGAUGAUUUUGAUGCGUUGAAUGAGGAAAUCCAAAAUAACCAAAAUAAAUCAAUGGAUAGUAAAAAUACAUUGCUCGACAGUGCUCGUGUUGCAGUGAUGUCAAUUGUUAAAAUAGCUGCAGAUGUUUUAGAUAUUAGGCAAAAAAAUAUCAACCAUUUUUCUAAUCAUACAUUAAAUGAUAACAUUGAUAAUGUAACAGUAGAAGUUCAAUUAUCAAAAUGUAUUACUCCGGGAUACAUUAUGAUCUGUCACAGUUGUAAUGACACAUUUUAUAAACAGAUGUUCGACACAAUUAGUUGCGAAGCAAAUCAUUUAACUCAGAUGUAUCAAAAUAUGUACAUCCACAAUACAAUAAUGAAUAGUGAUGCGUGUGUAGAAUAUGGAUUAGAUUUUUUAACGAUAAAAAAAAAAUCACAACGGAAAAUCUCUUUGAUUAGUGAUAGAAGAAAAAAUUUUAUUCUUUCGAUUUUCCCCCGUGUUAAAAUAGCUGCUCUAUGUAAUACUUUGGCAAUUGUCCACAAAAAAAUUGUAUUAAAUAAGGCAAAACGUGUUUACAUUAGUGACAAUUUGAUAAUAAAUCUGGAAACAUCAAUUCCAGAUGAAAAUGAAUUAACUUCUAACAAUAGUAUUACAAAACUUCAGCAGUCAAAAAAUGAUACUUCCUAUUUGGACAUAACUAAUGAUAAUAAAUCGACGGUGUAUUUGUCUAGUUAUAUUGAACCUAUAGUUUCUCAAAUAUUACCAACCAAAACAUUUUUAAGUUCCGAUGAAGAUCCAGAAUCAUCAAACAAAUAUUAUGUUAAAGAAUCUGCUACAGUUAUUAAUGAAAAUGCAACAUUAUCUUCAUCUUCGAAUACAGAGUUGAAUUCAACAAACGAAGUUCCUAUUCCAAGUUCCACUCAAUUUGAAACUAGUUAUAUUGUGGAAAACCCCAUAGAUUCCGAACUCCAGAAUAAUAUUGAAACAAACAUAACGAAUGAAGGAAUACUAGUUGAACCACCCUCAGAUACAUUUGAUAGUUUUUUCAAAGAUUUUGAAGUUGAAGAACAUGAUAAUGACAAAUGUAACCCUACAGCAGCAGAGUCAUUAGUACAUCAUACUGUACAACCUUCAGUUCAAUCUCAAAAUACCAAGCAAUCUUUAUUCAUUCGCCUAGCAAAUCGUAUCAAAGAUUUAGAACGAAAUAUGUCUCUCAGUGGUGAAUAUUUACAAGAGCUUAGUACUCGUUAUAAGAAACAAGUUGAUGAUAUGCAACGUACUAUUUUGGAGUUAACUGAAGAAAACAGAAUGAAAAGGGAACAAGAUUUAAAGAUGUAUGGAGAAAUAAAAUUUCUUAGUGAUCAAGUGGCUUCUCUACAAAAUUCACUCAACUAUCUAAAAACUGAAACAGAAAAUUUAAAUUUGUUUUCAGUUAUUGUGCCUGAAAGCAAUCCCCUCAAAAUUGGAAUAAUUUGUUUAUUAAUAUCAACAUAUAUACUUCUUAGAAUGACAGGAAUUAUUGGAAAGAAAAAUCAAGAACUAGAAUGGAAGAAUUCUAAUACAGGAUUGGGCGCACGUAGACAGUCUACUAAUGAUAUUAUAUCAAAUAUUAAAGAGAAACAUCGACGUCCUAGUGAAGAAGCAUUAUUUUCAUCUGGAACCACUCAUCAAGAUUUAUUAAUUCGAAAUAACAACGGAGAAAAUAAUAUAAAAAAUGAAAAAAAACGUCGGAAAAAGAGAAAAGAGCUUAUUUUGAAAUCCAAGUCAAAUGCAAUUAACCUAGAAGCAGGUGGUAUUGAUAGUAACAUCAAACUUAAAUCUACCUCUAGCCUUUCCCAAUCAAAUCGAAGAGCUUCCUCGUCUGAUCUUACUACAUGCAAUGGUUCAACACAUGAUUUCAUAAAAACUGCACUGUCAGUUAGAAAUAAACGAAUGUCAGGACCGUUACAACAUACCUUAAGCGUCCUUGAUUCCAAUAAAAUGAAAAAUUCAACCGAAACAAAGUCUAAAAGUAUUAAAACUUUUUUGAAAAGAAUAUUUUAGAUCCUUUAACUCGCCUGUAAUUUAAAUUGUUGAUUAUAAUUGUUAACUAUUUUUAUGUUUUGUCUUUUGGUAUUGUGGAACUGAUGUUAUCUAUUUAUCAAUAUAUUGUACCUUUUAAAAUA